AUGGCAUUUUGGCGUGGUACUUCGCUUUUCUCAUCAUCAACACCAACGACAACAGUUGUAAAUGAUAAUACAGUUAAUCAAGAAACCAUCGAACGUCUCUGUGAUCGUCUACAAACGGCUACACGUAUUGAAGAUCGACGGGAUGCUGUACGUGGUCUUAAAGGAUAUUCUAAAAAAUGUAAACUUGAGGUCGGCACAAAAAGUAUGAUUUUAUUAGCAAAUAUUUUACAAGGUGAUCGAACUGAUUUGGAUCUUAUACAAUUAGCAUUAGAAACAUUAUCUAAUAUAAUGACCUAUGAAAUAGAUAAUACUGAUGAACAACCGAAUUUACCCCAAGAUAUAACUAUUCAAUUUACAGAAUUAUUCAUUAAAAAUAAACAACAUGUUCAUGCAGCUCUCGAUCUUAUUGAAGAAACUGAUUUUAAUAUUCGUCGUACAUCUAUAAAAUUUGUUACAAUACUUCUUACUAAUUGUACUAAAAUAUUACAAGAUAUUAUACUUGAAAGUGGACCUAUGGGUGUUUCGAAAUUAGUUGAUCUUUUACAAGAUGAACGUGAAGUUAUUCGAAAUGAUAGUCUUCUUCUACUUCAAAUUUUAACUCGUUCGAAUGCCAAUAUUCAAAAGAUAGUUGCAUUUGAAAAUGGUUUUGAACGUUUAUUUGAAAUUCUUAUAAGUGAAGGCGGUAGUGAUGGAGGUGUUAUUGUCGAAGAUUGUUUAUCUGUUUUAUUGAAUUUAUUAAAAAAUAAUCCAUCAAAUCAAAGUUAUUUUCGUGAAAGUUCUUUUAUUCGACGUUUAGUUGAUUGUUUUGAAUUAAAUUCAAUUGGUGACAAAAAUUGGCCAAAACAAAAAGAAACAAAUAUUAAUCUUUUUUUACAAGUAAUUCGAACACUUGUCUCACCGACAAAUUCAAAUCAAAAUAUUAGUGCAUGUCAACGUUCAAUUAGUCAAUGUGGUCUUUUACAUCGUUUAUGUGUUAUGCUUACAAUGACAACUAUUCCACCUGAUGUUUUAGCUGAAACGAUUAAUACAAUUGGUGAUAUUGUCCGUGGUCAUAAUGAAAAUCAACAAUUUUUGGGUUCUGUGAUGAAUAAUACGGGUGAAACUCCACAACCGGUAUUAUUAAGUCUUCUCUAUACAAUGGUUGCUGGAGAAAAACAAUUAUUUCUACUUCGAAUAUCUAUUCUCUAUUGUUUUCAAUGUUAUUUAUAUAAAAAUGAUUAUGGAAAAUCAAUGAUUGUACAAACACUUUUACCUCAAACAGCGAAUGCUACUAAUCAAUAUACAUUAGGUCAUUUAUUAAUCAUUGGUUAUCUAAGUAAAGAUAUUGUUGCUUCAUGGUGUUCAAGUAUUGCUCUAACACAUUUAAUUAUUGAUAAUCAACAACUUAAAGAAGCUAUACUUAAAGUUGUUCUUACAAUUGAUCAAUCUCAAUCUAAUGCUAAAACACUAAUGGAAAUAUCUAUUGAUCUAUUAGAAAAUCCAUCAUCUUCGUUUCAUACACGUAUUUCCACACUUAUUUUUCUAUGUACAUGGUUGGCAAAUUGUCAAUUAGCUGUACAAACAUUUCUUUCUAUUCAAAAUAGUAUUUCUUAUUUGAUUUCGCAAAUUUGUGCCCAAUCAGUGACUGAUGACCGUGACGGUCUUGUCCAAUCCUUAUGUUCGUUUGCCUUUGGAUUAUGUUUAUUAUAUAACAAUAAUCAAAUAUCAACUUAUUCAACUGAAUCACUUGAACGAAUAAUAAAGAAACGUAUUGGUGUUGAUCUAUUUCAAGAAAAACUUGAAUUACUUUCUAAAUCUGAUUAUUAUGCUAAAGCUUUACGAAAACCUCAACUAAAACUCUCAAAAUCAGAUGAUAUGAUUUUGGAUUAUGAAUUUUCUCGUUUAUAUAAAAUUCUUGAAGGAUCUAUCACACGAUUAUUAACAACACGUACAAAUGAUGAACAACCAAAAUCAUCUGAUCAAUCAUCAACAAUGCUAGUACAAUAUACAGAUUUAAUUCAACAACAAAAUCAGCAGAUAAAUCUCUAUCAACAACAAGAAAAACAAUUUCUUGAAGAACGUGAUUUAUAUCAAAAGAAAAUUGCUGAAUUAGAACAAUCAUUACAAGACAUUCGUGAUCAACAUACUUCAUUGAAACUUUCAUCUGAACAAAAACCAAAUUCUGAUGAUGGAUUAAGAACUUUAUGUGAACAACAACAAAUGGAAUUAGAAUACUUGAGAAAUAUGAUGGCGUAUCAACAACAGCAACAACAAUAUUACUAUUUAACACAACCAAUUGAAAAUGGUUUUGAGCAAAUUAAUUUACAUAAUAAUGAUAAUCAAACCGUGAAGAACGACGAACGAAAUUAUAUAAAUGAACAAGCAGCGUUAAAUGCUCAAAUUAAUGAAUUGCAAGAAAAACUAAAUGCAUUUGAUGAACGAUGUAAAGCACAAAAUGAUGAAAUAGCUCGUCUUCAAUUAGAAAAUAAUAUUUUACAAGAAAAAAUUACAAACGAAAAAAGAAAAGUUUCAAUACUUGAAAGUCUUCAAGGUCAAAUGCAAGAGAUAAUCGAUGAAAAAGCUAGUUUAAAUAAUGAAUAUCAAAAAUUAAAUCUUGCAUAUCAACAAAAUCUAAAAGAACAAAAUGAUUUACUUGUUCUCUGUUCAACUUAUGAAGACCAGUUGAAAAAAUGUCGAAAUCUAAUUCAAUCAGCUGGAUUAACAGUACCAAAUUUUUUACUUGAAAUAGAUAAUACAGAAUGA